AUGGCCUCCUGUACAUUAGAUGAGGCCAGUCCCUUGAAAUUAACCCCCCAACUAUGCGAUCUUCACCCAAGCGACGAGGGCACUGAGGAGCUAAUGCAAGUUCAGCUAACUCGCUUCAUGUGUGGCUCCCUCGUUGUUGGCUUCACAUCCAAUCACCUGAUAGCCGAUGGCAAGGCCACCGGCACGUUCCUUUUGGCCUGUGGGCAAGCCACGUGUGGCCUAACGGACUACCCAGUGCCGAUACAUGACCGAGCCGUGGUCAAGCCACACGAUCCAUUCUCCAUCGAGUUCGACCACUUGGGCAAGGAGUACAUGGAGAAGAGGCUUGUAAAAGAGGUUCCAUGGGAGGAAAUGGUAAGCCAGGUUCGAGUAGAGAAGACCCAGUUUUCUCCUGACGUUUUAGCCAAGCUCAAGGCGCCCGCGACGGUGCGUUGUCCAAGUGGUCGCGACUAUAGCACGUUCGAGAGCCUGAUCUUUCACCUUUGGCAAAAGGUGACCCAAGCGCAUGGCAUGGGUGAGGAGGAGACAAGCCAGUUGUGCAUCCUGAUCAACGUGCGCACCCAUGUCGUGCCUCCAAUUGCCCAUGGCUACUUUGGCAACAUGGUUUUGUGGGUCUUCCCUCGAGCCACAGUGCGCGAGCUAUUGAGCCAACCACUCGACCGCGUGGCGGAGGUGGUGCACGCGGCCAUUGCCCAAGUGAAUGAUAGGUACGCGAGGUCCUUCGUGGACUUUGAUGUGGGCGUAGAGAGAGACGGUCGUUGGAGUGAGUUGGUUGCCACAGGGGAUCUAGAUUCGACGGUGUGUUGCCCUAAUUUGGAGGCCAAUAGUCGGCUUAGGAUCCCAUUUGAGGAAAAUGGAUUUUGGGAGUGGGGGGCCUGA